AUUAACACCUCAUACAGUGUAUGCUAAAAAUAUUAUAUUUUAUAGGUAAACAUUAGAAUCAGUGUCAUUGAUGGUGUAGUGCAUGUGAACAACACCAAGGCCAUACACCAGGCAGUCACAACGUUUCAUUUCUAUGCAGAAAUUGAUGAAAUUGGCAAGAACCAAGAAGUGUUGCAACACAUGACCAAGGUCCCUAUUGUGAUCAGGGUGUUGGUGACGGAGUCACAACAGACCACAAAUGACGGAAUUUUCAAAGUGCUGCAAGUGCAGGAGGAAAUUGUUCAGGUGGACCACCAGGUGGUGAGGCAGAUCAAAGUGACGCAGUUGGUGAUGAAACUGGAUUCUGCCAACGAUGAGAUGAUUGCCAAGCGUGAAAUCACAACAAUUGAGCUGGAGUCAUCCGACAUUCACAAGACGCCCCAGGAUAAAGACACACAUAAAUAUCCAGAUGGUCACCUGCCUGACAAACCGUACAGUGAUAACCCAGCCCCCAAACCAGCCCAGCUGCCGGACCACCCUUACAAAGCUGACACGACUAAGAAGGGAUUCUGCUCAAAGUUCCACAGCCUUCCAUUUGCUGCUCGUGUGGCAGUUUUUUCGGUGGUGGCUCUGAUUGGAAUUGGCACCCUCAGCUGCUGUUUCUGGGUGUUCUGCUGCAAGCCACCAGCUUCAGGAAAGAAGAUCGACUUGAAAGACUUCGAGGACAAGUUUGAAUACAAUGGCGAGUUUGAAGCCCCAGCUCUGGAGCAGAAGCUUCCCAUUGAAAAGCAGAAGUUGGUCAUUGAUGCAUGAAAAUACUUCCAAGAAUUGUUUGUUAAAAGUUAGAUAAUUUUCCUUUUUUUCUUAAAUGGUGACAACUUGCACUGACUGUUUGUCUGACUCGGCAAGGAAUGCACAGUUAUACUGGAAAUUGCUUAUGUACUUAAUAUUGUUUUUGAAGCAUGGUGAUCAUGUAGUUUAAUCUAAUAGCCUCAGAUGCAGGUCUGUUCAAAGUCAUUGCUUUUUGCUCUUGGGCAAGAUACUUUACCCUCACAGCAUUCAUCUCCAUCCAGGGUUUAAUUUGUGGUUGUGGUGUAGAGGUGGCAAUGGGGUGGCGGGGGGAGGCGGGGAUGUUAAAAGAAGGUCAGCCUUUCUUAAUAGCUCUAACAAAGCUUGUGUUGUACUUCCGAAUUUAAGUUACAAUGUUAGUGCAGUUUCUUUUAACAGGAGCUGUCCUGUCAUACAGUGUAUUAAUAUAGCUAAUACUCAUCCUUCAUUACCUAGCCAAGUGCCUGUAUCUAAACUGUCCUCUGUCAAAGUAUCUAAAGACACUCCAAGAGUUUAUGUUUGGACUACUGAUUGUGGAUGAGUGCUCUUUUAGUUCCUGUUGUGUGUAAGCGCAAGGCCUGUUACGAUAGACAACAAGUUACUUUGACCUGGCUCUCAACCUUUCAGAAGCUUAUUGCCAUCCAUGUGCUGUUAUUUUUCCUAUGGAGCCAGACAGCUACUAUCUCUGAAAGUAACUGCGAAUUGUGAUUCAAGGUGAUUUGGUUCACUGACUAGUUUCUAAAACUCCUUUUAGUUGAGGUAAAACCAGUUGUUGUCUUCUCUUCCAGUUUUAAAUUCGCUGUUGUAAGUAAGUUCGUUUAUGAUAACUAACCGCAUGAUUGUUGUUAAACCACAGAGUAGAUUUCCUUAAAUUGCUACCGGCAGUGUGGGAAAUUCCCUAAGUCGAUCACAUUCGGUUUGGCUUUCGCUUGUGAUUGGCCAAAUAUGGACCUCACCUUUGCGCUGAUUGGUUAAAGCUAGUUGCGCGCCAGAUAUAACUUAGCAAACACUCACACACCUUGGAAAAUUGUCAGAAAGUGCACCAAGUGUCUAGUGUAAUUGUCCCUAACCGUGUCAGACAAACAAAGGAUUGAGUAAUAUUUGUUGUGAAUUUUGUUUAAUCAGUGUACUUGAUAGCAAAGUUAAUUGAGCCAAAGCUGGUUUAUAUUUACUCUUUACCUUAGGCUUAGUAUUUUAUUAAAGCGACUGUAUUUCCAGUCCUUGCAUUAACCUUUUUGGUAAUAAUUUGUAGUUAUGUCAAAAGGAUGACUUGCUUGUCAAAUCACUGUCACCUUCGACUCAAAAACUGUAUUGUGAUGGUUUUUAAUUGUCAUUUGUAUAUAAAGUUGUUAACACUUGUUCCGAAAUAAACGGGCUUAGGAAAAAUGGA